GCGCUCUGUGGCCCGCCGGGGAAGAUGCCGUCGGUUGCGAAAGCGGUGUCGCGGGGCGGCGGGUCUCCGCAGACCGAGCAGCCAACGCACUAUACGUAUCUAAAGGAAUUUAGGACAGAGCAGUGCCCCCUAUUUUUGCAGCACAAGUGUACCCAGCACAGACCAUUUACCUGUUUUCAUUGGCAUUUCCUAAAUCAGCGUCGUCGUAGACCUAUACGAAGGCGUGAUGGGACUUUUAACUACAGUCCAGAUGUUUAUUGUACAAAAUAUGAUGAGACUACAGGAAUCUGCCCAGAUGGAGAUGAUUGCCCUUACCUUCAUCGGACAACAGGCGAUACAGAAAGAAAGUAUCAUCUCCGAUAUUACAAGACUGGAACAUGCAUUCAUGAAACAGAUGCCCGGGGUCACUGUGCAAAGAAUGGAGUUCACUGUGCCUUUGCUCAUGGUCCACAUGACCUUAGACCACCAGUGUAUGAUAUAAGGAAUCUGCUAUUGGCCACUGUUGGAGACAGGAUUCCAGGCUAGAUGAACCUUUGAUCUGAGCUGAGAACUUCAGGCACAGGAAACCUUACAGAAUGGGCAGGUAGGAUGUGGUGAAGGCAUUCCAGAUCUGCAACCAGGAAUUUUAGCAAGCCAGGCAAUGAUUGAGAAGAUCCUUAGUGAAGAUCCAAGAUGGCACGACACAAAUUUUGUAUUAGCUGGCUACAAGACAGAACAGUGUACAAAGCCACCCAGACUCUGCCGCCAGGGAUAUGCAUGUCCACACUAUCACAAUAGUCGAGAUAGAAGACGAAAUCCCAGAAAAUUCAAAUACAGGUCCACUCCUUGCCCCAAUGUAAAACAUGCGGAUGAAUGGGGUGAACCUUCAAGGUGUGAAAGUGGGGAUAGCUGUCAAUAUUGUCAUUCUCGUACAGAGCAGCAGUUUCAUCCUGAGAUAUAUAAAUCUACAAAGUGCAAUGACAUGCGCCAAACAGGUUACUGCCCACGUGGUCCAUUUUGUGCAUUUGCACAUGUUGAAAAGGACACCAUGAAUGUAGUCAUACUGCAAACUGGUUGUCAAUCAAAGCCAGGCGCUCACCUGUUUUCAACAGACAGCAUAGGAAUUGCAAAUGAAUGGAGCAGCAGUCUUAACUCCACAAACAGCAUUACAAAUAGCAGUGGGCAGUCUGGAAAUAUUUCCUGUUCUUCAAGUCCAACUGUAACAUCGAGUUCUGGUAGCACUAGUUCUUUAUCUCCCCUUGCACCUCUUUGUAGACAGAGAUCAUUAGCAAAUGGCGUUUUGUGUUCUGAGUCUAGGACAUCAGGUGUUUCUUCACCGACGUCUAGCUAUCCAAAAGCACCAGGCUUUGAACGAGAAGAUCAGGCAAAGCAUCGAAGCUUCCCAGCUGAGAAACAGCAGAAAUCAAAUGAACAAGACAACAAGCAGAACCAUCUCAGUGUUUUUUCAGCAGUUAACCCACUUGCUUCACAUAUAACUUCUAGUCUGGCCUCCAGUGUUGGAUCAGAUAGUUCAUCUCCUACAACUGUCCCUUCUAUUAGUGCCAAAGCUCUCCCAUUCUAUUCUGGCAGUAACACAGUUGAAUCAGUAAUCGGUUCUGCUUUAGAUUUGCAUUUUAAUGGUGUGAACGAUGCGUCUGUAGAUAGAGACUUAGAAGAUCAAGAAGGCAGUGACCUUGGAUUAGCAAGUCAAAGAUUACUGGGAAGUUCAGCACCUGUCAGUAUUCCAGGUUCUCUUGUUCGUUCCUCGUCUUUACAUUCAUCAUCAUCCCUUUCAACUUCUUCACUCAGUUCUCUCUCACAAUCGCUGUCUCAGUCUUUUGUUUCAUCCACUACGGCUCCUUUCCACCAGCUGCCUUUGAAGACAGAACAUAGCAUGUUAGGCACCUCAGCCUCUUCUCACAACUCUUUAGGUUUAAAUGGUGGUACAGGGAGCACUUGGGACUUCAUAACUGGGAAUUUCUCUCCUAGUCCAUCCCCAGUACUGAGCAGUGGCACUACCCCCUCAAUAAGUUCAAACGCCACUGGGAAUGAACUAACUCAAGUUAAACAGGAACUUGAUGAUGCUAAGAGAAAACUAAAACAAUGGGAAGAAUCUUGGCAACAGGUAAAACAGGCAUGUGAUGCAUGGCAGAAAGAGGCUCAAGAAGCAAAAGAACGUGCUAACAUCGCAGAUGCGGACAAACAGCUCGCUCUUCAGAAGAAGGAGGAAGUGGAAAACAAAAUAAAAGAGCUAAUGGCGCAAUUAGCUGCUUGUCUAUCUACUACACUACCUUAUAUGAAAAACUAUGGAGAUAUAGAUAAGAUACCAUUGCCAAAGCUUCGUUCCUUACAAAAUCGGCUGCACUUAGAUUUAGAAACAAUAGAUGAGGUGAUUUUUCAGCUUCAAUCAAAGAAGUGUAUCAUAUGUCAGGAAGGUAAUUGUAGCAUUAUCCUGAAUCCACAUCAGCAUUAUGUACUUUGUGAUCACUGUGCAGCUGCACAAGAGGAAUGUCCCUGCUGCCAGAAAAAAAAAAAUCUGUGGUGCGGCACUGGUAAACUUAGAUUGAAAUGACCUACUACUGUGUUACAUGAUUUGUAUCUCCAGAUUACUGUAUUCAGUACAAAAAGUGAGUUCACACAUGCAGCAAAGAGUUAAUGUAUUUAAAGUUCAGUCACGUUAAAAUAAGAAACAAGAUGUAUAAUAAAACUAUUAUUGACAAAAUAGAGCUUUUAGAACUGUGUCAGCAUUAAAUAAAGGGACCAAGCCAAUAGUACCAAAACCACUGUAUCCUUUGAGUUUUAGCAUUCUUUGUACAAAGGCUUGAGUUAGCAAAAAAUCAUUGCAUGUUUUCUGUGGGAACUAAAUGCAGAGACUUGUCACCGCUUUCCUAAAAGAUGUCAAUCUGCAGGAACAUUGGAGACCUUUUGGGAAGGGACAAGUAGGAUAAAAUAUGAAAUAUGUUUCUAAUUGCUCCUGUUUCAAAAUUUUGUCUGAAGAUCACUUUAAAGGACAAAGUUGGAUUUAGUAAUGGGGUUUUGUUGACUUUAACAGUUUCUCUAAAAUGUUUGACUGAGAAAAGUAUAAAAUUGGGCAGUAUUUGCAUUUUUAAACACACUUUUUUGUCCUAAAGUAAGAUAGUGAUGUUUUAAAGGUAUAGCCAGCUUUGGACUUUUGAAAAAAGAAUCUUGAAACACCAAGUUUGGCUGUAGAUAUUCAUGGCUUUCAUUUUGGGGUUUUUUUUACAUCUGUGCAGUCUAUGAACAAAGACCGAUUUUUGAACCUUAACAGCAUUUUGGACUAAAACAAACUUAGUUACAUAAGGGUUUGUUGUUUGGAGGGGUUUUUUUAUUUGGUUUUUUUUAAGAGUGAUCAAAUCAAAGAGUAACAUGCAAUUAUAGUUUGAAAUUAUGUUAUAUAUUUUUUAAAAAAGCAGUUAUUUUAGACACUGGUUUACUAUAUCUAGUGUGGAACAGCAUUCUGCAACCAUUGUGCUCACAAAAAUGUUUAGAAGUGUCUUAGUGAAAAUUUUUGCUUUGGUAUUCUGGAAGAAACCGGCUUAGGCCACAUUGUGCUGCCCAUAUGCAGCUAAAUGACAUUUGUUACCCAUGAUACAGAAAUGUGACUUUGUGCUGUCUUGUCCAAGUUUAUAGUUCUUCUUGUGUAUUUUAGUGCAUUUGCCUGUGUUGUAGGGCUAUUUUUGGUUCCUGUUUUUCUUGGUAGUAACAGGCAAUUUUCCUAAUCUCGUGACACUAGCAGAAAAGGAAUAUGAACAGCACUAGCAGUAUGAAUCAUCACAGUCACACUCACAGUUUAAAUGUGCUGCAUUUUUAGAGGCAAUGAGCUAAUAUGGUUAGUCUGUUGCUUUUUAUAUUGGUAUGUUUUAUAUUUUACAAUGAUGAAUCUUGGAAAUAAUUAUGUGUUCUAUAAUAAUAUCAGUACUAAAAAUUUUACAGGUGAUCCCUGCAAGUUUCUUUGGUUCUGAAUUACAGGCAAAUUUAAGAAUUACUACGAAACCAUUUUGUGGAGAAGGAAAAAACACAUACCAAAGAAACAUACCUAUGUGUGAAAUUCUCAAACUGGGCAGCUUGCUAUAAUUAUAGACGAAUCCUUAGGUAAUCAUUUGAACCAUGUAUCAUCAUACACUCCAAUCAUAUGGAAAUAAUACGGUUGUUCUUCACAGAAUUACUUUUGUGAGGAAUUGAAAACAAAAUUUCUGUAUCUUAUUAAAGUAAGAUAAUUGCGAAUACAAAUAAAUACGUGACUUAUAAUGGAGGAUAACAAAAUACAUACAUUUGACUAGUUGACAACUACAUGGAAGAAGUCGAAAGUGAAACCCAACUCUUGUAAGUAUUUGUUCUUACACUGUAUGCACUAUCUAGAAACAGAUACAUUAAAAUUAUAUUUCAGUGACACUACAGUAAGUAAUGCUGAAUUCACAAAAUGCAUAAAAGCAACUAAAUAGAUUUUCAAGAUUCAUUUUGGUAUUUGACAAAGUUCUGGGUAAAUUUUCGUAAGAAUAUAAAUUUUAAUGUGAACGCCAUUGUGUUGUCACAAUUAUUUUAACCUAGGGAAUGGUAGAUUAAAAUUGUGGUUUCUCAGGGUUUUUACAGUUAGGAGCUGUAAUUUAAACAGAAGUAUAUUAAUUACAGAUAGAUCCCAAGAUACAUGUUAGAGGCUUAUUAUUAGUCUUCUUUGAAUAGCAGACUAUUAGCAUAUUCUUUUUGUUUUAUAGCAUUUUCAGAGCAUCCUCGUGUUAAAUAUAGGUAAUAAUAUUAUUGUCACGGUGUGCAUAUGUAACCAUGGUCAUCAUCAGACCCUAAAUAAAUACAUAAUUUUUACUCAUGUUAGUUUAUGGAAGCCAUUAAUGUUUUGAGUGUAAAGGCAGAAAUGAUUUUGUGAAUGAAAUUGUUCUUAAAACAAAACAUAUUAUUUAUAAUGAAUACUUAUUUACUUGUAGUGAACUGUUUAAAACUGGUAACACUUGUUAAAACUUUUUUAUGCUAUAGCAUUUAUGCAAUGGUUUACAGAAGUCAUGGAAUUAUUUUUAUUACCAACAUGGAAAUAAAAUUUUGAUCUUUAUUUCUGAGCUACACUGUGUUUAGAGACUCAAAAAUUUACAGAUGUUUUCUUCUGCAGUCUCGUUAUGGCAUUCCUGAUCAUUUCAGGGAUUGGCAUUUACUGUUUCAGUGGAGAAGGAGGUUUAAGUAUGAUACGAAGAAACUGAUUCAGUAGAAGGGUCUACAAGACAGAGCCUGUCAAAGAUUAAAAGCUGCAGAAGUUUCCUCCCUACCAUCAUCUGUAAUUGUGGAUGCAAAGGAAAUCACAAAUCACAUUGCAAACCAAAUUUUGCACAGGCAGAAGAGCACUCCUGAGAUGAUGAGACAGAGAGCUGCGUACCAUCUAGCAAUGAGAUUGGUUCAGACUGCCAGAAAUUCUCGAUUGGAUCCGGACAGUUUGCGGAUAUAUUUGAAAGGCUUGAAGAAGAAGUAUGAAGCCAGUUGUCCUGCACCCGAACAGAACGAUGAGCAACAGUAACGUAUUGCACAAGCUGUAGCUCUAAUUUUUAUGACUGCGAGAUGAUUCUGGUUUUCCCCAUAGUAUUAGAAAACACUGUUUUCCACAUGUUUUUAGUUUCUUAAUUCUCAGUCUGAAUUAUAUUCACUACUGAAAGACCAUAUCCGUCACGGGGUUUUUCCACAAAACACACCUGAAAUAAAAGCAUUUACUUGAUAUGAGGAACACAGUUCUUUCUGAUAACGGACUAUAUCCCUUUGAUUAUUUUAUAGAGACAAAGAAGUUGUAUAACAUUUAAUAUUUUCUUCUGGUGUAUCUGCUGUUAUGGUUCUUACAUCUGAUAGUAAAGAUCUUGCCUAACAAAAAGCAGUCUUUGGAACAGACGGUCCACUUGCCUUGCACAGGCACUCUCUCCUUGCACUGUUGAACGUGCAUCCGUAAAUCCUGUUGCUGCCUAUUCCAGGAGGGUUCCAGCUCUCUCAGUCAUUACUCUUAAUCCAACGUCAAGUCCAGGCGCGCUUCCUCUCCAGAACUGGGCAGUCACAGCUUUUUGUAACAGCACAGUAACAGCAAAUUGCUGCGGUAUUGACGCGGUUGAUCAGGUUUUGUUUAGAAAGCGAGUAACAGGAAAUCAAUAGAAAGUUGAAUAUCCUUCCUCCUUGGGGUUUUGGGUUCUUUUUAGUACAACUUCAUUGAGCGGCCGCAGCCACGUAUUCCAGCGUGAACGAACGUGUCUUUCUUCACUUCCUUCUAACCAACUUUGGCCAAGAGUUCUUACGUUUCAUUUAAGUGCGUGUGCAUAUACAUAAUUUCUUAUGCAUUUAUCUAUUAAACUGGUAAUAUAAAACAGUGCAGUAUGUAAUUUGUAACAACAAAUAUAUCUUAUAUAUGUUUAUGAUAUACAUUUCCUUUUAAUGUAUCUAUCUUUGUAAACAUAGCAGUGCAACAGAAUAACGUUGGUAGUCGGCGCACUGUGUUUUUUUACCGAAGAGGGUUUUCGAUUGAUCGAAGCUAUUAACCGCAGUUCACCUCUCUUCAGGCCUUUGCUGGCAAGUCUCUCACUCAUUACCUCCGUCCGUAAAUACCAUAUUUGUUGUCUAGCCCGGUGAGGACCGUGGCAGAAAGAAGUAUUUUGUGUUCAGGUUUCCUAACACGAGGAAGCAGAUGGGAAGGGACACGUAUUUCAGACAUUGACCGGGCAGGGUGCACAUCUCCCUGUUGGGGUCAGCCAGCGCAGCACCAGGAAGAACGGUUCUGGGGUGCGUGCCUGGAAGCCUGGCGUAGUUUGACCCCAUCAGAACUGUUCCCCUCUUCUGCGCACCUUAUUGCAGAGCCUUAGGCUUGCUUCCAGCCCGUCAGGACUCUGCGUUUACAUACUCUGCGCACUGCUCUCUCGAAACACAUUUUAAGUAAGGAGUUUGGUUUUG